UACACUUCCGGUAAUUCCCAGAAGACGAGGUUUUAGGCUACUGCGCGGCGGGCAAACAAGAUCGAUUCUACGCAUUAUGGAGCGAUAUUUGUCGUUCCACUGGCAUAAUAAUGUAUCGUCAGACACAGCCACCACACCGGAGUUAGUCCAACUUCACGAAGAUUCAAGAACACAAAAUUUAGAGAAAGAGAUACAACAGUUAAAGGAGAGACUAGGCGCGUCGGAAAAACGUCUAGCUUUGAAAGAAGAAGAUUGCCAAAGACUGAAAUCUGAAAAGGAAAAGAUGGAAAGUCAAUUCAAAAAAGAAAUAAAAGCGAUAGAGAAUCAGUUAAAUGAUAAUCGCCAAAGUCACAAUGCAGAAAAGCGGCAUUUGGAAAAAAGAUUUACAAAAGAGCUUACGGCAAGAGAUCGAAAGCUGACGGAAGUUCAAGAGCGUCACAAUGCAGAAAAGCAGCAGAUGGAUAAAAGAUUUACAAGAGAGCUUACGAAAAGAGACCAAAAGCUAGCUGAAGUGCAAGAGAGGUUGAAACAAGAAGAGGCGUCGAAAGAGGAAUGGAAGGAAAAGACAAAAUUCUACUUGGCGAGCUUCGAGAAUGUUCGUGACAGCUAUAACAUGUGCGUCAAGAAGCAGGCUGCAGAAGAACAGGAAUUAUGUAACAGAUUCACUUUAAGUUUGUCGAAAAAAGACGAGGAGUUACGAGUUCUCCGGGAACAAUUAAGAGACAAGACAGUGAGAUUGGCGAUAAGUUUUGAAAAGCGACUGAAGCAAGAUCAACGACGAGUUGAAAAUACUGAUGAAUCAAACACACCCAGUGAUAUAGAAAAAAACUUCAGCGACUUUUUCGAUGGAGAGAGGCUUGACGCUUGUGACAAAAUCGAGUUCUUGUUGGGCCUAUCCAGAGAAAUCGAAGAGAAUGUUCAUUAUCCAAGAUUAGCUUGCUUGAUAUUUGAGACUGCUUACGAACAGGUAAAAGAGGCAAGGGAUGCCGCUUGUGAUUUGUUCCAAAACGUUACUAGUCAACUAAUUGAGGAAGCUCCAAGAAUGUGCCAGGAAUUGUGUCACGCAAGAAAGUUCAAGGAGAGUGGUGCUUCUGCUCAGUUACCUGAAACAUUCGAUCUUCUAACGGGGAGAAUUGAUAAAGGAAUAUCAACGGAUGUACUUGAUGGAAUGAUGCUUUCCUUGAAAGAAACGUCACACUUGGGUAACCUUGACUGCUUCCAGAAGAAUGUCAGGAAGAUUGUGUGGGAACGUUGGACAAAUUGCAUGUCCGAAAGGGAAGAAUCAUUCUUACCCAGGCCUUCAGAGGAUGUGUUGACACAACUCGGUGACUACAUAAAGGCAUGUAUCAGGCUAACAUGGAGAAUGGUUACACAAGUUCCACCAAUGCAGCUUGAGUAUGGGGCUGUGCAAUUUGACAAAGAUUUGCAUAAACUGGCGAGAUUCCAGAAUCGUGCAGAAUUCUGCCGUGGCGCAGAUCAUCUUACUGGGCAGAUUAUUGCCUGUUACUUGUGGCCUGCACUUUUAGAAGCAGGUGGUCGAACUAUUUUUCUAGGAGAGGUUAUGUGUGAGCCUGAAUCGUAUGAUUAUGUUAUGAUUCCUGAUCUUCGAUACCCUGAAUUAGAUUCAUAAACUCCCCCACAGAUCUUUCAGAGUGAGGUCAAACGUUACAAAAUAAACAUUAUGGAUAUAAAAUAUCUGCGAAAUUGAAACAUUGCAAAAGGAUGCAUAUAAUUCACUCGUUUGUUGAUCAUUGUAAGACUGGAUGAUAUCUUCACACCUUGCCGGUUGAAGAAGCAGCUCUCUAAUCAAACAAAAAUUAGCAAUAUAGAUUUGAGACCAGCGUCUUAAUUCGUCCUUUUUUUCGGUUCACAAAUAAGGGCUAGCCAUCGAAAUGGCUCAACUUCGGCAGCUUGGAGAAAUCUUUCAAGUAGACUGAGAAAAUGUAAAUAGGGAGUCAUUUUAUAACUUUUCGGUUUCGGUUUUUUUGGGGAAAAUCCCCUUGUUUUUAAAUAUCUUGCAAAACAAAUGAAUGGAUGUUUCGUGGCACUCAAUUUUAAUGCUUUUAAAGCAAAUUUCUAUGUUGAGAUUUUCCUGCAAAUAAUGCCAAAUUUAUUCUUUCAUCGGGAUUAUACAAGGAAUGUGUUUAACAAUAAAGUUUCGCAUCUGUGUUUCCGUCA